AUGAAAUUCUCCGUCGCAGUGGUAUCUACCCUCCUCGUCGCCCUGGGCGUGGCGAUGCCGAUUCCCUCACCCGACGGCGCCGCGCCGAUGCAGGGAGCGGAUUUGUUCAGCGCGCUCGCCAGUGCGGGCGGCCUCGGUGAGGUGUUGCGCAGUAUCCAGAUUUCCACGCCGUUUCAGCAGUAA